AUGUCCCAGCAGCAACACGCUCUGCCAGUGACCCUGCCCCCGGCCCUCAGCCAGGAGCCCCUGGAGCCUGUUCCUCCUCCCGCUGAUACCCAGCAGGAGCAGGUGAAGCAGCCAACUUCACUGCUUGUCCCAUGCCAGGAGGUGCCCUCUGAGCUCCCAAGGGAGGUCCCCUUGGAGCAAGGAGAGAAACACACAACUGCUGUGAAGGGGAUGCCGGAGCAAGACUGUGAGCCCCAGCCCCAGAAGUUACAGCAGCAGGAAGAGCAUCUGGAACAGCAGCAACAGCCGCAAGAGAUCCAGAAGCAGGAGCUGCACCUGGAAGAGCAUCUGGAACAGCAGCAGGAGGAGCCACAGGAGCAGAAGGGGCAGCAGCAGCAAGAAGACCAGGAAGCAGAAAACUUGGAGCAACAGCUAAAGGAGCAGCUGGGACUGGAGAAGACACUCCCAGACCAGCAACUGGAGGGAGAGCUAGCAAAGAGAGAUGAGCAACUGGAAAAGAAAGGAGAGCAGCUGCCGGGACAGCUGCCAGAGCAGGAGGAGCAGCCAGAGCCAGCAGAGCAGCAGGACGGGCAGCUCAAACAACCUGCAUGUGUCCCAGCUCCUGGCCAGGCCCAAGAGACCCACCAAGUCCAGCCACUGAAGGGAGAAGUCUUGCCUCCUGCAGAGGAGCAGCAGCAGAAGGAAGAGGUGCAGUGCCCUGUCAAGCAUAAGUAA